AUGGAUGAGAUCUUAACCACGAAAGCCCGCGCCAGUACCCUCCAUCUUCCCCAUGGCUCGGUUCCUCUUCCUAUUUUUAUGCCGGUUGCGACGCAGGCGUCUCUCAAGGGCCUGACAUACGAUCAGCUCAAGCAGACAGGAUGCAUGCUGUGCUUAAAUAACACGUAUCACUUGGGGUUGAAACCAGGGCAGGCGGUCUUGGACGCCGUGGGCGGCGCGCAUAAGUUGCAGGGGUGGGACCGCAAUAUUCUUACCGAUAGCGGAGGAUUCCAGAUGGUGUCCUUGCUCAAACUGGCUACGGUCACGGAAGAAGGUGUGCGGUUCCUGAGUCCUCACGACGGUUCACCCAUGCUGCUCACCCCGGAACAUUCCAUUUCCCUGCAGAACUCGAUAGGCUCGGAUAUUAUCAUGCAGCUCGAUGAUGUGAUAGCGACUACAUCGCCGGAUCAUGCAAGAAUUGAGGAAGCUAUGGAGCGAUCCGUACGGUGGUUAGACCGGUGCAUCGACGCGCACAAGUACCCUGAAAGGCAAAACCUGUUCUGUAUCAUCCAGGGAGGGUUAGAUCUCGAAUUGCGAAAGAAGUGCUGUGCUGAGAUGGUCGCGCGAGACACGCCAGGAAUUGCCAUUGGCGGACUUUCUGGAGGAGAGGCCAAGGACGAGUUCUGCAAAGUGGUCGAUACUUGCACUGGGCUCCUCCCGGAUCAAAAACCACGAUAUGUGAUGGGCGUCGGCUACCCCGAGGAUUUGAUUGUAGGAGUUGCCCUAGGUGCCGACAUGUUCGACUGUGUUUGGCCUACGAGAACAGCUCGAUUCGGAAACGCGGUUGUCCCAUCUGGUACUCUUAACCUGCGCAAUCACAGGUUUGCUCAGGACUUCGGGCCAGUGCAAGAAGGGUGCAAUUGUACCGUCUGUCGGCCCAAAGACCAGGGUGGUCUUGGAGUUACACGAGCUUAUAUACACCAUAUGGCGGCUAAGGAAACUGUUGGCGCUCACCUUCUUACAAUUCACAAUGUUCACUAUCUUCUUUCCCUGAUGGGCGCUGCCCGACAGGCUAUCUUAGAGGAUCGAUUCCCCGCCUUCUUACGGGACUUCUUCAGCAAGCUUUACGGGGAGAAGUCCAAGUACCCAGAGUGGGUGGUGGGAGCGUUACGGGGCGUCGGAGUAGAUCUGAUGGUAGAUUAG